CAAAGCGUUUCCUCAUUUCUGGGCUCACGUGAUUCGCUGCGCUGCGGGCGCUGGGUGUGAGGUGAGGGGACAGCGGGGACCCCCGGGUGCCCCCCGGACGUGGCUGCGCCCCCCACCACCUUCAGGCCCCGCUGAGCCCCACUCUGCUGUACAACAUGGAGCCGCUGCGCUGCAUCGCUGCCCUGCUCGCUCUGCUGGCCGCGAUGGGGCACCCGGACCCUACGCUGGAUCAGCACUGGCAGCUCUGGAAGAAAGCCCACGGGAAGGCGUACCGCCAUCAGAUUGAGGAAGGGCAGCGCCGCGCAACGUGGGAGAAGAACCUGCGCCUGGUGACGCUGCACAACCUGGAGCACUCCUUGGGGCUGCACUCCUACCAGCUGGGCAUGAACCACAUGGGGGACAUGACCAGCGAGGAGGUGGCUGCGCUCCUCACGGGGCUCCGCGUCCCCCCUGGGCACAGCAGGACCUCCAGGUACCACCGACGCGGCGGCGCCCCGGAUGCCGUGGACUGGAGGGAGAAGGGCUGUGUCACGGAGGUGAAGAACCAGGGCGCCUGCGGGGCGUGCUGGGCGUUCAGUGCCGUGGGAGCCCUCGAGGCUCAGGUGAAGCUGAAAACGGGGAAGUUGGUGUCGCUGAGCACCCAGAACCUGGUGGAUUGCUCCACGAUGUACGGCAACAAGGGCUGCAGCGGGGGCUUCAUGACCAACGCCUUCCAGUACAUCAUAGACAACGGUGGCAUCGACUCGGAGGAAUCCUACCCCUACACGGCUCAGAACGGGACGUGCCAGUACAACGUUUCCUCGCGCGCUGCCACGUGCUCCAAGUACGUGGAGCUGCCCUAUGCUGAUGAAGCUGCCCUGAAAGAUGCUGUUGCCAACAUUGGGCCCAUCUCUGUCGCCAUCGAUGCAGCACAGCCCACCUUCUUCCUGUACCGGUCAGGGGUUUACGACGACCCGCGCUGCACACAGGAGGUGAACCACGGCGUGCUGGUGGUUGGGUACGGCGCCCUCAACGAGAAGGACUUCUGGCUGGUGAAAAACAGUUGGGGCGAACGCUUCGGCGACGGGGGUUACAUCCGCAUGUCAAGGAACCACUCGAACCACUGCGGGAUCGCCAGCUACGCCUCGUACCCACAGAUAUAGGAGCAGCCCUCUGAGCUGGGGGAGGCCUCCAGCCCAGCUUCUGUCAAUCACUGCCUGCAAGAAUCAGCUUCUGUCCCUAGGGAUGCAGUUCUUUGUGUGGAGCUGGUGGGAGGAUUUUAGAGGAUGGUUUUCAGGCGCCCACCGCCGGCUUCUCGGAGGAGAAAAAGAAAAAAAAGGUGAUUUGUCCUUUUUCCCCAUAGUAAAAUUGCAAUGCCAACAGUUGUUAAAACGGAGAUCGCGCCUUCCUCUCCGAUCGCUGCGCUGACGGGCCGUGAUUUUCUCUCUGCCUGUUAUCUACGAAAUCGCAGGGUUUUGUUCAGAAAAUAAAAAUAAACGAUGAGUUUCA